AUGGGCCUUCUAAAAUCAUUUGUUACCGUUGGCACACCAUUUGCAUCAAUGCUUAUAUAUGUCUUUUACAUUGGCUAUCAGAAACGUUCCAGGAUCUAUCGUUUAAGUCAGCAGGGCGUUGCAAUGCCAGAUGGAUGGAGUUGGUGGUUUGGCCAUCUUCUCGUCCUCGAUCAGAAAUUAGAAAAGUUGCCGCAUGACGCGAACGUGCACAUCGCCAUGGAGGACAUGAUUAAGGAUUACGAAGAUACUGGCUACUUUCUCAUGGACUACUGGCCUGUAUUUGAGCCUGUCUUGAUGGCUUUCAGCCCCGAGAUUUCCGCUCAGGUUUCUAGUAAGCAGGAUCUACUGAAACCGCCCAGCCAAGAAGAGUCUUUCAAACCCAUGGUCGGGGGCCCGAGCCUCAUCACCAUGAUCGGGACACCAUGGAAGUUCUGGAGAUCGCUUUUUAGCAGUGGGUUCAGUCCAUCGCAUAUGCUCAGCCUAGUCCCUGGCUUGGUCGAUACCAUGGAUGUUUUUUGCGAGCGAUUGCUUGAUAAUGUUGACGGAGACAUUUUCUAUCUGGACGACAUGGCGAUGCCGUGCCGAGCAUCAACUUGCCCGCUCUCUGAAUAUUAUUCUAGACUGGCAUUCCUUCUGGAAUCCUCGAAUCCUUCUGAACCCGCUAAGGCUUCCAAUCCAAUGGUACCAUGGGCGUUUCAUGGAUACUUUCAUCAAAAAGAGUUGCAAAAGCGGUUUAAUGAGAUGAAGGAAGAGCGCGCUACCAACUCUUCCUAUCAGAGGAAGACGGCCAAAUCAGUCAUCGCAUUAGCUAUCGAGGAACAUAUAUCCCAAAAGCACAAGGACAGCGAAGAGACCUUUGAGGACUUGGACCUAGAUGCUCAAUUUGCUGAUAUAGCGGCAAACCAGAUCAGAAUGUUCCUCUUUGCCGGGAAUGAUACCACAGCUACUACAUUUGUGUAUACGUUCCAUCUGCUUUCACAGAAUCCUUCUUCUCUUGAUAAACUACGCAAAGAGCACGAUGGAGUAUUUAAAUCCGAACUUGAUGCUGGUGAUCAACUCAGAAAAGAGCCGGCACUCAUCAUUCAGUGUCGCUAUACACUGGCUGUCAUCAAGGAAACUCUUCGCCUGUUCCCACCUGCGUCGGCCAUCCGUGAUGGUACGGCUGGUAUUUCUGUUGUCGACGGUAAGGGGAAUCUAGUCCCCACUGAGAACCUCAACGUGACCGCCGUGCAUCACUAUGUGCACGUUCAUCCAAGGUUUUGGCCGCGCGCUCGCGAUUUCAUUCCAGAGCGCUGGCUUGUCGAACCCAGGCACGAAUUGUACCCGACAUCACCAACAACCUCCUAUCGACCAUUUGAGCAUGGACCUCGCAAUUGUAUUGCACAGACACUUGUAAAUAACGAGCUACGCGUCGCAGUUAUCAUGACUGCCCGUAAGUUCGACAUCAAGCCAGCCUACGAUGAGUGGGAUUCUCGGAGAAGCGAAAGAGAAGGUACCUGGACUAGGACUAUGAGGACUUUAUGUCUGAAAGGCGAGGAACCGAAGACUGUUCUAGGAGAACGUGCUUAUCAAACGGCAAGAUCGGGUGCCCACCCUGCAGACAGAUAUCCAUGCCGUGUGAGUCUUGCGAAUCCUUAG